AUGUCGUUACCCAUUAGCGUAUCUUCUACUGAAACUAGAGAAUUAACAAGAAUGGAGCGUGUGGGCGCUCAUUCUCACAUUCGAGGUUUAGGUCUCAAUGACGCUCUCGAACCCCGUGCUUCUUCUCAAGGCAUGGUUGGACAGGUGAAGGCACGUAGAGCUGCAGGUGUCAUUUUAAAAAUGAUUCAGGCUGGUAAAAUCGCAGGUCGUGCUGUCUUGAUUGCUGGUCCACCAUCCACUGGUAAAACGGCCAUUGCUAUGGCUAUGGCUCAAGCUCUUGGCACCGAUGUACCCUUUACCAUGCUUGCUGCUUCCGAAAUAUUCUCUCUGGAAAUGUCAAAGACGGAAGCACUUACACAAGCAUUCCGUCGUUCGAUCGGUGUACGCAUCAAAGAAGAGUCUGAAUUGAUCGAAGGUGAAGUGGUAGAAAUUCAGAUCGAUAGAUCCAUCACAGGCGGUUCCAAAACUGGUAAGCUGACUCUCAAGACCACAGAUAUGGAAACUAUUUACGACCUUGGUAAUAAAAUGAUCGAAUCAUUAAAUAAGGAAAAGGUGAUGGCAGGCGAUGUUAUUGCUAUCGAUAAAGCAUCUGGAAGAAUUACAAAAUUGGGACGUUCCUAUGCCAGAGCAAGAGAUUAUGAUGCUAUGGGAUCUGAUACAAAAUUCGUUCAAUGCCCCGAAGGAGAAUUACAAAAGAGAAAGGAAGUCGUUCAUACCGUUUCACUUCAUGAAAUCGAUGUGAUCAACAGUCGAACACAAGGCUUUUUGGCCUUGUUCUCUGGAGAUACAGGUGAAAUCAAGCAAGAGGUCAGAGAUCAGAUCAAUGCCAAAGUUGCAGAAUGGAGAGAGGAAGGCAAAGCAGAGAUUAUACCUGGUGUGCUCUUUAUUGACGAAGUACACAUGCUCGACAUUGAAUGCUUUUCAUUCUUGAACCGUGCUCUGGAAGAUGAUAUGGCACCUGUGGUCAUCAUGGCAUCCAACCGAGGCAUCACAAAUAUUCGUGGCACAAAGUACAAGUCUCCUCACGGUAUUCCUGUUGAUUUAUUGGAUCGUAUGCUCAUCAUUUCAACCAGUCCUUAUGAAGAAAAAGAAGUUCGAGAGAUUUUAAAUAUUCGAUGUCAAGAAGAGAAUGUGGAAAUGACAGAUGACGCCAAGGAUGUCCUGACGCGUAUUGGACAAGAGACUUCACUUCGUUAUGCUAUUCACUUGAUCACCGCUGCCAAUUUGGUCGCAAAAAAGAGAAAGGCGCCCGCUGUCGAUAUUCAGGAUAUUAAGAGAGUCUAUGCUCUCUUCUUGGAUGAAAAGCGAUCAGUCCAAUACUUGAAAGAGUACCAGGAUCAGUACAUGUUUAAUGAAUUCAAAGACGCCAUGGUGGUAGACAAUGCCAUGGAAAUGUAA